AAUAAAUAAGUGUCACUGGAAGAGAACGGAGGCAGGACUGCUAGCUCUGUGCUCAGUUACAGUCAAAAUGAAGAAUAAGUCUACAAACUUGCGUGUGCGGCUCCCUGCACUAAUUUUUGCAUUGGAGGUCAUGAUUGUGGUCCUCUAUGCUUUCUUUGUGACGUACGAUGAUCAAGCUAAUGCACUUUUACAGAACAACCAGACACGACCCAUGGAGAAUUCAUUGUAUCAGAACUAUCCAUUUUUUGCUGACAUUCAGGUGAUGAUAUUUCUUGGAUUCGGCUGCCUUCUGGCCUUUUUCCGGCGCUAUGGUUUUGGUGGAAUGGUGUUUAACUUCCUAAUCGCCACAUUUACCAUUCAGUGGGCCAUUCUGGUCCAGGGCUUCUUUCAGUUUUACUAUGAUGGGAAGAUUCAUCUUGGUGUGCUGAAUCUGAUCAAUGCUGAGUUCGCCUGUGCUGUUGUGCUGAUUUCUUUUGGAGCAGUGCUGGGAAAGACGAGCCCUGUGCAACUCCUGGUGAUGGCCUUGCUCGAGAUCCCAGUGUUUGGUGUCACAGAAUGGGCCGUCCUGAAAUACUUGAAGAUCAACGACGCUGGUGGCUCCAUCCUCAUCCACAUUUUUGCAUGCUACUUUGGACUGGGUGUCACCUUUGUCCUCUACAGACCCAGCCUAAACGAGGGACACCCAAAAGAGACGACGAGUUACCAGUCGGAUCUGCUAUCUGUCAUGGGAACCCUGUUCCUCUGGGUGUUCUGGCCCUCUUUCAACUCAGCGCUGACCUUCAAGGGUGACGACCAACACCGAGCUGUUCUGCACACGUUCAUAGGUCUUAGUGCCUCUACAAUCACCGCCUUCGCCCUGUCCAGCAUGCUCAGCAAGAAUGGCAAAAUCACCAUGGCCGACGUGCAGAACGUAACGUUGGCCGGAGGUGUAACGGUUGGGGCCUCGGUGGACAUGAUGAUUUCACCGGCCGCUGCUUUUGUACUGGGGAUCCUGGGAUGCAUUGCGUGCAUGCUGGGGUACAAAUACCUAAGCCCGUUCCUGGCGCGUCGGCUGCGGUUGCAGGAUCAGUGUGGCAUACACAACCUGCACGGUCUAACGGGACUCAUUUCCAGUCUAGCAGGAAUCUGCGGCAUCCUGGUGGCGACCGAGGAAACGUACGGCCCCAGUCUCUACCAGACCUUCUCUCAUCGGGCUCCUCCAGAGGGAGACCCUCUGCUAGCGGAGUUGCAGGUGUUUAUCCCGGACCUGGAAGCGGGAUUGGGUCGGAGCGCUCAGGAACAGGCGCUCUUUCAGGUGGCUGCCGUGUUCGGGACCAUUGCUGUUUCGGCAGUGGGCGGUGUGCUGACUGGGGUUGUUCUCAAACUACCGUAUCUGGCUUCCCCCAGUGAUGAGGAAUGCUUUGAUGAUGAGCUCUUCUUUGACGUUCCUCCAGAUUUCAACUGCGCAUACGGGCCCGCAGGAUGGUUAGAGACGCGAACAAAACUGAUGUUGACUGAAAAAAGCAGUGCUUGA